AUGGCAGUUCCAGAUACCACCAUCCCCCCUGGCCUUCCCGAUACCUCCUUUCUAUCUUCUCCCCAUUUCCCAGAAAAGCGUGGCAAGGUGACGCCUCUCAUAAACAAUGGCUAUAUGACAGAGCAGCGUGAAAGGUUUCAGUUCGAUCCAAUGAGACAUAUUCGGUUUACUCCCCCUUCAAAAGUGCAUUCCAUGCAGGAACUGGGUUAUGACGAUAAUGCCGGAAUAUCUCCAAUUGGGGUUUCUGAACCGUUUCCGCUAUUCUCCGCUGAGGCAAUUCGCUGCAUGAGAGCAGAAGUGUUGAGCAAAGAGGUAUGGAGUGAGUACCAGUUUUCGAGUAAUCUGGCCAUGUGCCAACUACGAGGAUUUGCCCCGAAGUAUGCGCCAUUUGUGUAUGAUGCAUGGAAAAACUCGGAGACCCUGGCUAUUGUGUCAAAGAUUGCAGGAAUAGACCUGGUUACAGCCAUGGAUUGGGAAAUCGGACACAUCAAUAUAUCUGUUCAAACAGAAGAGGAGAAGAACAAUGCUCUGGCGGAAGUUGUGAACGGAACGGCAGGCACACAUGAGGAUGAUAUUGCGCCCAUUGUCGACUGGCACACGGACAGUUAUCCGUUCGUUUGCGUGACAAUGCUGAGCGAUUGUACUGAGAUGAUAGGUGGAGAAACAGCAUUGCGCACAGGUGAUGGGAGCGUUGUGAAAGUUAGAGGACCACAAAUGGGGUGUGCCGUUGUGCUUCAAGGUAGGUACAUCGAACAUCGAGCUCUGCGAGCUCUAGGCACGACGGAGCGCAUCACGAUGGUUACAUCAUUUCGCCCCCGCUGCCCAAGUCUGAAAGACGACACUGUUUUGACAACCGUGAGGCCCAUCUCCGACCUCUCUGAGCUGUACUUUCAGUUCAGCGAGUAUCGGCUAGAGAUGCUCGAGGAAAGAAUUCGUCACCAGCUCAAGGAAGCUCGUGAUGCAAGAUACGCAGGCAGACCCUUCAAUACGCAAAAGUUGAAAUCAUUCCUUGCAGUCCAGGUCGAAUUUCUAACCCAUAUGAAUAGAGAGAUUGUUGAAAAUGAUAAGGUGCAAAAGGGCAUCGCUGACGACAGCCACCUGCGAUCAGAGGAUCUGAAGGAGCGUUCAAGAAAACUGGGACGCACUACAGCUGUGUAA